AUGCUAAUACUCGUGGCCACUGCUAAAUGGCGUGGCUACCGUGUAUUAGGUUUGUCUACGGACGUCAACUCGGGAGACGUUGACGAUUCGUUUGCACUGACGUACGUCGUGACACGAGGCUUCUUUGUCGACGGAAAACUCUCCUUCGCACUAGCCUUUCUAAGAUGGUUUGUUCCGCUCCUGCAACCAUACACCAUUCGGAUUGCCCUAGAGAGCAAGGGAGACCUAAAACUCUUAGUGGAGCAAAUGAACGCUCAUAUGUAUGGACGUGUUAGUCGUGUGGAAGGUGGUUUUCUGUCAACCAACUUUGAGCUCAUCGAGUUGUAUCAAUCAGGGUACAAAGUUGUGUUUCCAAAUGUUAUUUAUCCAAACUAUGAACUAGUGUCUGUUGGAGCUGAUCUGGAUGUUGAUUUGCUGGAAAUUGCAGGGCCCACCUCGUGUCUAUUCAACACAGCCUGUGAUCUACUCUACGUGGGCCGACUGUCACUUCGGGGGCAGAAUGUAGUCACAAUGACUGGUGCAAAUGCUGGGGAACUAGGCAGACAGUGUGUGGAGAAGGCCUUGAGAAACGGAGCGAAAGUCAGAGAGCUCCCUGUCCAGUUCUCUCGCAGUAUUCUCUGCAGCUUGCCCCACAGCUCACCUCUGCUAGCUACCGCUGCCCAACUCCAGUUGAACCCCUGGGCCUUCUCCUUCCUUCAGAACGGCCCAGCUGCUCAGCAGUUUGCCGAGUCAAACAGAGAAACCGGUGCUCUUCUAUUGUCAAAGAUGGGUCUCACUUAUGAGUCUGUGUGGGAGAAGCUAGACAGUGGAGUCCAGAGAAGAGUUGAAGCUCUGGCAGCAAAGUUUUCCCACUGGGAACCUAGCACUGCUCGUGAUAGAAUACUCUGGGCUGUGGUUAACUUUGGAGGAAGGUUUCCGUGGGUCGAAGACAGCCACACCUCUCUGAAUCCACCUUUCAAUGAGCUCUGGAGCAUCCUAGACACGGAGAAAAUGGAUCCUCUUGAACUUCUCGAAUUUCGCGUUGCGAAUGUUUCGCGUUUUGCUGGGCUGGAGGAGGAGAGGGUGAGAAGGGUGCUGUCACAUGCAGUGCUCUAUGACCUGUAUGCAGUGGUCCUACUAAAGUGCAGAUUGUCGCCUGAGACUGUGGCAACAAAUCCAGACCUUCUCACCUGGUUCAAAAACGACGUACAGGCUUUUGUCGACUCAAUUCCAAACAGCUAUUUAAGCGCUUCAUAA